AUGAUGCAGAUGAUGAUGCUGUGUAGAGCUGCGCCCAAGGCCAUGGUGUCCCUCCCUUGCUCCAGGAAGGGAUCGGAGCUAUGUGUUUGGCCUGGAAUGGGACAACUUUGCUUGAGAAAGUCUCUUUUGUAUGGGUUUAUGAGACUCUUUUCUAUUCCAUUCAAAACUGUGCGUCAUGUCAGUCGGAGUCUUGGGGGAGUAUCUCGUUUCUGCAGCGUGACCAAUAUUUCAUCAAGUUUGCAAAUUGAGCUGGUACCAUGCCUUCAAGAUAAUUAUGCUUACCUAUUGCAUGAUCUUGAUACUGGAACUGUUGGAGUAGUCGAUCCUUCUGAAGCAGUACCUGUUAUAGAUGCACUGAACAAGAAAAAUUGGAAUUUGAAUUACAUUCUGAACACCCAUCAUCAUUAUGAUCACACUGGUGGCAACAUAGAUUUGAAAGAGAGGUACGGUGCUAAGGUUAUUGGUUCAGGUAUAGACAUGGAUAGAAUUCCUGGAAUUGACAUAGUCUUGAAUGAUGGAGACAAAUGGAUGUUUGCCAGCCAUGAGGUGCAUGUGAUAGCAACCCCUGGUCAUACACGAGGACAUAUUGGAUUCUACUUUCCGGGAUCAAAGUCGAUUUUUACUGGAGAUACAUUAUUCAGUUUAUCAUGUGGUAAUCUCUUUGAAGGAACUCCCGAGCAGAUGCUUUCUUCACUGAGGAAGAUUACAUCACUACCAGAGGAUACUAACAUAUAUUGUGGUCACGAGUACACCUUGAGUAAUGCAAAGUUUGCACUAUCUAUAGAACCUGGAAAUAAAGAACUGCAGUCUUAUGCUACCCUUGUAGCUCGUCUUCGCGAAAAGGGAAUGCCAACGAUCCCAACCUCAUUGAGAAAGGAGAAGUUAUGCAACCCAUUUCUUCGGACUUCAAGUGCGGAAAUUCGGAAGUCCCUCAAAAUACCCGAGUCUGCAGAGGAUGCUGAGGCCUUGGGCUCAAUACGUCGGGCCAAAGACAACUUCUAG